AUGACGAGAGGGGAGAAUAAGGUAGUUUUUUCCCCAAAACGACUGUGUUUUGGGGUAUGUUUGGCUGCUAUAAUCAUCAUAUUCUGCUCGCCGAAUGCGGUGAAGGCGGAUCGAGUCCCGGCAAUGUUUGUGUUCGGAGAUUCACUGGUUGAGGUUGGGAACAGCAACUUCCUUGGGUCUAUUGCCAGAUCAAAUUACUUUCCUUACGGCUGUGAUUUCUAUUAUGGUCCUACUGGAAGAUUUUCUAAUGGCAAAACCUUUGUCGAUAUUCUUGGAGAAAUGUUGGGUGUCGGCUAUCCUCCGGCCUUUGCAGAUCCCAGCACAAGGGGAGCCAGAGUGCUGCGAGGAGUAAACUACGCUUCCGCAGCUGCUGGGAUCCUUGAGGAAACUGGCCAACAUUACGGAGAAAGGUAUAGUCUGAGCCAACAAGUGCUGAAUUUCGAGAACACAUUGGAAGACAUAAGAAGAACAAUCGGGGCGCAGAAUAUAAGUGACUACUUGGGAAAAUCCAUCGCCGUUUUAGUAUUUGGGAGCAAUGACUACAUCAACAACUAUCUCAUGCCUUCCAUUUACUCUUCUAGCUAUACAUACACUCCCCCUCAAUUUGCUAAUCUUCUUCUCAACCACUAUGCCCGCCAACUUGUGGCACUGUAUAGUGUAGGACUAAGAAAGUUCCUGCUUGCUGGAGUAGGACCUCUCGGGUGCAUCCCAAACCAGAGAGCGACAGGUCAAUCACCACCAGAUAGAUGUGUUGACUACGUCAAUCAAAUGCUUGGUACGUUUAAUGAAGGGCUGAGAUCACUUGUGGAUCAACUCAAUAGAUACCCAGGUGCAAGGUUUUCGUAUGGCAACACUUACCAUGCUGUUGGUGACAUACUGAAUAACCCUGCAACUUAUGGAUUCAGUGUGGUGGACAGGGGAUGCUGUGGGGUAGGGAGAAACCAAGGGCAAAUAACAUGCAUGCCGUAUCAAUUUCCAUGCCCAAAUAGAAAUGCUUAUGUUUUCUGGGAUGCCUUUCAUCCGACUGAGGGUGUCAACGCCAUUCUUGCUCGUCGAGCUUUUUAUGGACCUCCUUCCGAUUGUUACCCCAUUAAUGUCCAACAGAUGACUCUUCUUCCUUGA